GGCGUUUUUGCGACGUUGCCGUGCUCAGAUCCAAGAUGGCGUCGGCCUCGCUGCUGGGGCUGAGCCUGGGGCUCGGCGGGGGCUGCCCGGACUGCCUUCGCCAGGCGGAGACCACCGGGACCACCAUCAUGGCGGUGGAGUUUGACGGAGGGGUUGUCAUUGGAGCGGACUCCCGAACCACGACAGGUUCAUACAUUGCGAACCGGGUCACGGAUAAGCUGACACAGAUCCACGACCACAUUUUCUGCUGCCGAUCAGGCUCAGCCGCUGACACCCAGGCCAUAGCAGAUGCUGUCACGUACCAGCUGGGCUUCCACAGCAUUGAGCUGGAUGAGCAGCCGCUGGUGCACACUGCAGCUAACCUUUUCAAGGAGAUGUGCUACCGCUAUCGCGAAGAACUGACCGCUGGAAUCCUCGUGGCUGGCUGGGACAAACGCAAAGGGGGCCAGGUGUACGCUGUGCCCAUGGGUGGAAUGAUGGUUCGCCAGCCCUUUUCCAUUGGGGGCUCUGGCAGCUCCUACAUCUAUGGUUACGUUGAUGCUUCCUACAAGCCCGGCAUGAGCAAAGAGGAAUGCUUAGCCUUCACAGCCAAUGCCCUCUCCCUGGCCAUGGACCGGGAUGGCUCCAGUGGGGGAGUGAUCCGCCUGGCAGCCAUCACAAAGGACGGCGUGGAGCGCAAGGUCAUUCUGGGCAAUGAGCUGCCUCGGUUCACCUCCCUCUGAGAAGGAGGGGGAGGCACCACACCCUCCUUGUCGUGGGGAGUCAGGACUGUGUUCUGCCAGCACCGACGCUUGAUGUUGUAUUAAAAUACGGGAGACAAAACAUAA